AUGUCAGCCGAAUAUCGAGUUGAGAGCGAUACUUUUGGGCAGCUUAAAGUGCCUGCUAAUGCCUAUUGGGGAGCUCAAACUCAGAGAUCCUUACAGAAUUUUAAGAUUGGCGGACACAGUGAACGUAUGCCUCCUACGCUUAUCAAAGCCUUUGGUAUCUUGAAAAAAGCUGCCGCAAAAGUGAAUUUGGAAUACGGGCUGGAACCAAGAGUAUCCGAAGCGAUCCAACAAGCUGCCGAUGAGGUUAUUGCUGGAAAACACAAUGAUCAAUUCCCAUUAGUUGUUUGGCAAACUGGAUCAGGCACACAAACGCAUAUGAAUGUGAAUGAGGUUCUAUCAAAUAGAGCUAUAGAAAUCUUGGGAGGAGAAAUAGGCAGUAAAAACCCGGUUCACCCAAAUGACCAUGUGAAUAUGAGUCAAUCAUCCAAUGAUACCUUUCCUACUGCAAUGCAUAUUGCUACAGUUGUAGAAAUCAACAACGACUUAAUCCCUGCUCUAACAGAGCUGCGUGAUGCUCUUAAAGUAAAAUCAGAAGAGUUUAGCGAUAUUAUCAAGAUCGGCCGUACGCAUUUGCAGGACGCUACCCCUUUAACUCUUGGGCAAGAGUUCUCCGGUUACGUGCAACAAUUAACUUAUGGUAUCGAACGCAUUAAAGCAACCUUACCGCGUUUGUCACGUCUCGCUCAAGGGGGUACAGCAGUGGGCACUGGAUUAAACACACAAAAAGGAUUUGAUGUAAAAAUUGCCAAGGCCGUUUCUGAAGCAACAGGAUUACCGUUUGAAACAGCUCCAAAUAAGUUCGAAGCAUUAGCUAGCAAUGACGCUAUGGUAGAAUGCUCAGGCGCUCUUAACACAAUCGCUGUAUCUCUAAUGAAGAUUGCUAAUGAUAUUCGCUUCUUGGGCUCUGGUCCUCGCUGUGGUUUGGGCGAGCUCAGUCUUCCCGAGAAUGAACCUGGAUCCUCCAUUAUGCCAGGCAAAGUAAAUCCUACUCAAUGUGAAGCUAUGACAAUGGUUUGCGCUCAAGUCAUGGGCAAUCACACCGCUGUUACUGUGUCAGGCAGUGCUGGACAUUUUGAGUUGAAUGUAUUUAAACCCGUAAUUAUCAAGAACGUACUUCACUCAAUCAAACUACUCAGUGAUGUAUGUCACUCCUUUAAAGACAACUGUGUCGUAGGCAUUAUUGCAAAUCGAGAACACAUCCAAUCUGUCAUGAAUAGAUCACUGAUGUUGGUCACUUCUUUGAACCCUGUAAUUGGUUACGACAAGGCAGCCCAAUGUGCUAAGAAAGCCCAUAAAGAAGGAACAACGUUAAAAGAGGCAGUUUUAUCCCUUGGAUACCUCUCAGCAGAUGAUUAUGAACAAUGGGUUAGACCAGAGAAAAUGAUCAGCCCUCAAUAA